CAGGAAACUACAGUGACGCUGUGCUUCUACUAAGGAUUGUGCUGCUCACCUGUCAGGAUCCACAUUUCAAACUGGUCUGCUGGAAGUAACUCUGAAUGGCAGAAUUUGGUGCACACAGAGUGAAAUGACGCAUCCAAUCAGGGAACCUCUUCAAAGGAGGAAGUCACUUGGGCCGAUGUCUCCAAAUGCUGCCAAGAGACUAUAUCGCAACUUGUCCUUCAGACUGAAGGGUGGUUCCAGCUCAGAUGAAGCCUGCCUCAUCAAAAAAAUAGAGAAAGAAAGAAGCAAGAAAUCUUCAUCCCUGAAUAUUCAGUAUGAUUCAAUCUUUGAUGCUGUGGAACAUGAAGAUCUUGAUGCAGUUCAACGGAUACUUGACCAACCAGGUACACAGGAUGACCUGAAUGAGGUUACCAGCAAUGGACUUGUACCACUGGAUAUUGCUGUGCUGACUAAUAACAUCUCAAUGGCGAGCCUCUUAAUGAAUGCUGGAGCCAGGGAUAACCAUCAAUUCAAUGAAGGCAACUGGGACAUGCACCUGACCACUUUAGUGAGCAAAGCAACGCAGAAAAUUGCAGAACUAUUAGAACUCAGGACCGAAACUUCGGAGGCUGAUUUCUACAGUAAGACCAGGGAACUCCGGACUUGGAGGUUCAGACAAAAGCUGUAUAAACAAAUGAAAGCUGCUUUCGAGAAUGCACAUGUCCCUGAUUCUCCAGAGAAAGUGUAUUUGUCAGUGAUUGGUAGUACAUCCCUUCGAGUCACAUUCCAGGAACCAGCAAGGAGCAGCACCUUGAUAAUCACCCGCUAUAAAGUGGAGUGGAGUUACACCGAAACCUUUGAAUCUACUGUAGGAGCUGCUACUGUUGAGGAUCUGAAGACACUGCAGUAUGCAAUUGAAGGCCUCAACACGGGAACUCUCUACCACGUGCGUGUUUCGGCUUAUAAUGUGAAAGGCUGGGGACCAGCAAAGGUAUCAACACCUCCCUGUGCUAAUCCAUCCAGUUGGAAGGAAUGUGCUGAUGUUAAAUUGAGGCAGAAGGACCAAAGCCAAGCAGUGCAGAAACUUCUGGAGCAGAUAAAGGCUCCUCAUCAUCGGAGCUUCUUCUUAGAAACCUGCACAGUUCACACACCUAGUAAGAAGCUCUCAGUCUCUCGCAGCCUGAAGUACCUCUUUCAAAACACAAGCAAGUUUGUCAAGACCCUGCAGAGGGGUGUAUAUUUAGCUGCCAUUUUUUUCUACAAGGAAAACAUCCUGGUCACAAAUGAGGAUCAAAUCCCUAUCGUCGAGAUCGACAGCUCCUGUUCUGGCUCUGACAUGCAGGAAUUCCUCUGGUUUUCGAAGCUUUCCUGUAUGUGGAAGGACAUCCAGUGGUUGCAGCAGGGAAUGAACUCAGCACUCUCCUCCUCCUCGUCAGUGCUCCAAACCAGGCAGAAGAUGUUGUUAGCAGUGUCCCAACUCCAGAGUGCGUUGGGAACACAAGACCUGGGCCAGGUACACUUUGAACCAAUCAAGGACAAACUUGGGAAUGUUUUGAUCCUAACCAUCAAGGAGCUGCGGCCAUCCCAGGUGCUGGAGAAUGUCCGAUGGAUUGCGCUUUCAAAGCUUCAUAACUAUCGGAAAUCUGUCUCUGCUUUCGAGAGCUUCACUGCCCUGGACAUGCUCUUCAUGACUUUGAAGGAUAAACUCGAUUAUCACCUGAGAGUCAACCAGGCCUUACCUCCAGGCCUCUACCUCGGUUAUCUAAAGCUCUGCAGCUCUGUGGAUCAGAUUAAAGUGCUCGUCCCUUACAGGGUGCCCAAUGUGCUCUGUCACACCAAGAUACGGGACAACAAGAACGUAUCCAGGGAGGAGUGGGAAUGGUUGCGAAAUGUGUCAUCCUUGACUGAUUCCAUUGCCACAGAGGGGAACACAGGGAGCUCACUGUGUUCUUUCCUAGACGGGCUACGUACGGCUGUGAAAAGCCUCCUCCAACAACUGGACAUGGCUCUUGGUCAGGCUGCGGAUUUUCGUCUAUACACACAGGAAGUGUUGGAAUUUGGACGUGAAGUCUCCUUCCUCCUGUUGCUGCCUCCCUCGGAUGAUGUGUGUUCAGCCCCAGGACAGGAUGGACAUCCCUCAGGGUUUCUGACCCUGCCACUUCAAAUCUUUGAGCUUGUGCACUUCUCAACCUAUGAGCAGGAGCUCUUUUCAAAGUACUGCCAGACUUCAAUUUUAUUGGAACUUGACUCGUUGCUGUCACAACAAGCUUUGAGGGAAGCUAUAGAUGACACAGAAUUAAUUGAAGCAAAAGAGAAACACGGACAAGUUACAGACCUUAUUCAGCAAUUAGAUGACAUUUGGAGGGAGGUCCGUUGGAUUACAGAUGUACUACAAUAUGCUCGGUACAGACAACCUCCCACUGGCACACCUCUCUGCUGGAUCCUGGAGAUUUCGAGUAUCAUGGAGGUAAAUGAGAAACCAGAAUCGGUCACAGACCAUGUGAAUUCCACUGCCUCUUCUCCAGUUGAUGACAGGAAGAGGGAACGUCCAGAUUGUAAAGAAAUUACAGAUGAAGAUGACGUUUUCUGGCCAAUGGAGAGAGACUGUGAUUUGAAACUGUCCCUGAGCUCUGAUCAGCUGGUCUGGAUGGACCCCCAGCGCAGUGAGUACCAUCACUCCAGGACAAGCAUUGUGAUGGACACAGAUAGUAAAAACCCACUGCAGCAUGUAGAUCUCCACAGAGGACAACACAGAUACAAGGGAGCUGACAGAGAGUUCCACUCAACUGGGAGUCUGGAAUUUACAGAGCGGACACUGAAGGAAGCCAGCGUCUACAAGUUCUGGUCACAGCCAGGAUCAAUGGAUGAAGGCACUGAGGAGUUUGAUCGUGAAGGACCGUACAGUUUCACCAGUGAAAUUGUCCAACACAUCAGUCUACCUGGAUGCAGUCUGGUUGAGUGGAUCAAGACGUCGCAGGAGACUUAAAAAUUCUAUUACCUUGAAGUUGGACUCACCAUUCCGAUGUAAAUUAU